GAUCCGCAUACCUUCGCCAUUCCUUCGUCCAUUAUGCCAAUCGUUCAAUCGUUUCUCACUGUCUUGCUAGCAUUCAUCGCGUAUGUAGCAGCACGAAGUCAUGGCGAGCACUCACAGUCUCCCGAGAAGAGAGCUUUGCCAGCCUACGCACAGCGAAACCUCGAAACGAUCCAGAAGAUUUACAACAUCACAGUAUACCCCAACAACAUCCAAAUCGUAAACGAAGGGGCAAAAGCAGUGCCUGCUGGCCUUUUCAACGAGAAGGCCACAGGCAGAGUAAAUCCAGUCGGCAACUUUUCGGGAUUUGAUGAUUCGAUCGAAUACUUCUUCGCCCUAGCUCCAGUACCACAGGAGGAGCAAGGCUUGGCCUUCUACAAGGCUGAGGUGGUAGAAUUUACCAGCGGCUGUCCUGAGGUUGCUACGUCCCUGGUCUAUCUGCGCACGGGUCAUGUUGAUCCUAAGACUGGGAAGCUUGACGAUAGCAAGCCAAAGACGACACUGGCGCAGGUCGCCUUCUGGCGCUUCGACGACCAAGGGAGAGUCCUAAAGUAUCAUGCGUGGAUUCCCAAUCUCGAGAAAUGGACUCGCGUAGCUAUCGGACAGGACUUCACGAGCCUUCUUACACAGAAAGUCACAUCGGCGGUGUUGUGCCCAACCAUCCAGAAGCAAUGUUCAGGCAAGAACAAGCAAUACGACAAUACUCUUACUUGCAUUGCAAAGUUGGAGACGAAGCCUUUUGGUAGUUUCGACGAGGCGUGGGGCGACAACAUCGCUUGCAGAAUUAUUCAUCUUAUCUUGACGAAGGUCAGGCCCGAGGUUCACUGUCCACAUGUCGGACCUCAUGGAGGAUCACCUCCCGAUAACUACAAGUGCGUCGAUAUUGACUAUUCGCUGGAGUACUUCAACGAUGCGGAACUCUUUGGAUCUCCAGAAGGUGACGUGUUCACCUGCGGCGGCCCAUUGUUAGGAGCCAUGAAGAUGCUGUAG